GCAAGAUUAAAAGCAUUUAUGUCUUCGAUGUUUUUUGUUGGCAAUAUUGUGCCCAUAUGAUUUUGAAGUAAAAUUGCAAACAUGGCCGAUGCAAACAAAGCAGAGAAACUUGCUGCGGCCAGAAAAAAGUUGAAAGAAUUUCAGCAGAGGAACAGACAGAGCCCAACGUCAUCUCCGAAAGACAGAGAUUAUGACGUUUCCUCUCCAGCCAGUGUAACUUCACAAACAAGCAGUGUCGAUCUGAAAGCUGGAGGACAGCAGCAGUUUGAAUCGAUAUCUUUCGAUUCACAACCUCACUUCCCACCUGUCUCCUACAAUUACUCGUCCGAGUACAACUACCAGUCACCCUCCGGAGAUGGAGAAUCAGGCCAAAUAAAUAACGUUACUAAUUCCUUCGGAGGUGAUCCUGUCUACUCUCAUGAGCAUCAAACCGCUGACUCGAUGCCUUACUACUAUAAUGGAGCUGCGGCUACUGUCAGCAUUAUUUCCGAGGAAAAACAUCCAGAGCUUCAAAGGAAGUUUUCAACUAAUAGCUAUGAUGCUAGUAAUGAGAUAACGCUGAGGUCGCAAAUAGCAGAGAGGGACAAUACUAUAGCUUCUCUACAAUAUCAGCUGCAAAGUUUAUCUCUCUCAGCAAAUUCAAAUAAGGAUCAUGAACUUCAAAGUGCCGUCCAAGAUGUGGAGAGCAGAUGGUCAAGCAAAGUGAAAGAACUGGAGGAGCAGCUGCGUGUGCACGCUCAAACAGUAAACAUUCUUGUGGGAGAGAAAACUGAAUACCAAUCGUCCCUAGCCAAGGCAAAUGAAUCACUAAAAUCAAAAGCAGGUGAAUUAGAUGAAGCUCAACAGCAUUUACGAAGCUUACAACAAAAGCUCAAUCAAACGGAAGCAGCCUUGAACUCGGUCAGAACAGAGAAUUCUUCAAAACUCGAAGCGGUUAGUGAAAGUCAAAGAAAGUUUGACGAGUUGUUCGGAGAGUUGAAGAAAACUGAAAUCGAGAGAGACGAGCACAAGCAGCAAGCAAGCCAGCUGCAGCAGAGAAUAAAUGUCACCAUGCAGCAGGUUUCCAUGUUGCAGACAGAGCUGCAGGAAAAGCAGGCGCAACUCACAUCCACGCAAGUUCGACUAAAGCAGAUGGGAGGUUCAUUCAAAGACUCAGAGGACAGCUCUGUAUUUGAUGAGUUGAAGGCAGAAAAAGAAAAGAGCGCGGGACUGGAAAAACUAAUUGCAGACAUGAAAUCAGAACUCUCUGAGAAAGAACAAGCCAGCCAACAGUAUCAGCAGUUUGUCCAGCAGUUGAAUAAUCAGCUCUCAACUUUAGCCUCAAAGCUUCAAGAAACGACACAAGAAAAUGAUAAAUUGAAAGAGCAGAAUGAGCAGAUGGUUGAGCAUGUGAGCAGUUUGGAGUCGAGGUUGAAUAAAAUCAACCAGCUCAAUGCACACAAUCCACCUCCUGUGGACAGCAAGGAGCUCGAAAUGGUCAAAGAAGAGCUAAAAGCAGCUGUAGAGGAGAAUGGAGAUUGGAAACGGAAGAUCCAAGAACAGGAGACGGAAAGACUUGUUUAUGAAGAAAGUAUUUUGAGGUACCAGGAAACAAUUCGCCGUCUUGAAGAGGAGAGACCUGAUGAGAAAAAAUUACUAGCAGCAAUGGAAAGUGAUCGGGUGGCGGCACAGAGAGCAACAGCGCAGAAUUCAAAACUCAAAGAUCAGCUUCUAGAAAUGGAACAGAUGAAAGCGCAGAUGAUCGAACAGCUGCACACUUACGAGGCUAGAGCCAGACAGGCUCAGUCCUUACAAGAAUGCUUGAUAGAAGCGCAGAAUGAAAUAAAAAACCUGAAAAACCAGCUGAUUCAAAAGUCACAUGGCGCGCAGGUCAAUGGACACGACACAGGCAAUGAAGAGGAGAGUUUGUCGGCAGAGGCGUCGAAAAAGCUGCAGGACCGAUUCACAGACGUUAUGAAAAAAUUGGCCGACACUGCAGAUGAAAAGCAACGACUGGAACAUUUGGUGCUGCAACUGCAAGGAGAAACUGAAACUAUUGGAGAGUACGUUACCUUGUACCAACAACAAAGGUGUCUUCUUAGAGAAAGAGCAGCUGAGAAGGAUAGAGAAAUAGCACGGAUGGGAACAGAGAGAGACGAAUUACUUUUAGAAUUGAAGAAAGUAGGCCAUUUGGUGCUACAACUGGUGAAUGGGCAGAGAGACAAUAAUAGUGUGCCUUUGUCGGAGCCUAAAGACUAUGAAAGUGUAGCGCUAGAAAUUGCUGACCAAGUCACAACCCUCCUCAAUAAAAUGGAAGAAAGCAGCCAAGAGUCAAGAAAGCUGACGGACGAAGAAUUGAUGGCAAUGCACAGUGAGAGAAACGCACUCUCCCACAAUCAAGAUACAUUGCUUCCUUGUCCGUGCUGCUCUGGGCGGCUUGAAGUUGUGUGAUCUGUAAUCUACUUUCCAUCUCUGCACCGGCACAUUGAAGUAUUUUGUGAUACCUGAGUGAGUGUUGAAAGAACCGCCAUGUCCACGAAAAGUGAUUUCCAAUAGCGUUUAUUGGGACAUUUUUAUUUAAUUUGGCUUUAGUUCUAGUUAAGCAGAUUAACUUAUGCAAGAGUUUAUGAUAUUUCACAAAAAAUUACAAUUUAUUGUAAAUUUCCAGUGUUGAUGAGGUGAACUAGAUCCAUUAAAGCAAUGACUUUAUACAAA